AUGGAACGCGAAGAGCAAGCGAAACAAGAUGAAUUUUCACAGGAAGAAUUUUAUAUGCUCUGGAUAGGCUGGAGCAGGAAAAUGGUUGUUGCUUUUCAAAUAUCCAUGUAUUCACCCUUGUCCUACAUAGCUCCAGUCGACCCCCGACCAUUUGGAAGAUUCAUCGAUUUUUUACAUUUCAUGGCAGUUUUUAGAGAAAAUCUGUAA